AUGGAUGAGGGAGCCGACCAUGCUUUUGAUUUUGAUCAACAUGACCCAAUGAACCUUGUGCGUUUGGGCGAAUGUAUUGGCAGGGGUAACUUUGGAGAUGUUUACAAGGGAGAACUCGUGAAGACCUCACAAGUGGUUGCAGUUAAAAUUAUUGACCUUGAGAAGUCAGAGGACGACAUUCCUGUUUUGAUCCAGGAAAUCAAAUUUCUGAAAGGACUCAAGUCUCCGUAUAUCACGAAUUGCUAUGAGACGUAUAUUAAAGAUGUGACUAUGUGGAUUGUUAUGGAGUAUUGUGGCGCUGGAUCCUGUGCUGACUUUCUCAAAUGUUUCAAAAAAUUAGACGAGAGGGUUGUUGCCUUCAUCUUGCGAGAUACCGUUCGAGGUUUGGAGUACCUUCAUUCAAUGAAUAAAGUGCAUAGAGACGUGAAGGCAGCAAAUAUCUUGGUCACAGAUCACGGACAAAUCAAACUGGCGGAUUUUGGUGUGAGCGGACAGCUCACAGAGACUAUGAACAAGAAGGAGACGUUUGUGGGCACCCCAUUUUGGAUGGCUCCUGAGAUAAUAUUAAGACGUGAUGGCUAUAAUGAAAAAGUCGACAUUUGGUCUUUAGGUAUCACGGCUAUCGAGCUGGUAACUGGAUUCCCUCCCUAUUCUAAUGAAGAGCCAAUGCGGGCAAUAUUUGAGAUUCCUGAUCGUCCGGCACCUAUUUUAACAGGGGAUCAGUACAGUGUUUAUUUGAAACAGUUUGUGAAAGACUGUUUAAACAAAGAGCCAAGCCGAAGACCAUCGGCCAAAGCUCUGUUGAAAACAAAGUUUCUCUACAAGUUCAAGAGCAGAUAUAGUCCCAUGCUACCUCUAAUCACUGAGAAGAAAUCUAAGAUGCAGAGAUUCAAGAAAAAACCCAAAUUCUCGUUAAAUUUUGAAGAGAAGCGUAGUGGCCAAGACAUCCACUGGGACUUUGAUCCAACGGUCAAAUUGACCUCUCUGCAAAUCAGCCAUGGCAACCAUUCGUCGCCUUCUGUUGGGUCGUCAGGCGGUAUGGAUGAAAAUGAAAUGCAUAGUGAUCACGAAAAUAGCAUACUGAGACCGGAUACCGCUGUCACCCCUUCUACUUCACCAUUAUACAACCAGCGGUCUGAGCAUACAAGGACAUCUAAACCACCGACUUCAGGACAACGGGCCAGCAACAGCACUUCUUACCCAGCCAUGAAUUCCAGGGAAUCUGUUUCUGUCAAAGAAAACGUUGACCCCCGAGGCCAGUAUUUCUACAAUAAUUUGAUCCGCGAUUCGUUUGAUAGCAUCAGUCAUCAAUCACAAUCCCAGCGUUUCAGAAAAAAUCUCGAGCAAUUGAAAACUGUCAUGUACGAGAUGGAAAUGCGUAAUCCAGGGUUCUGUGAAUUGUUGUGUCACAAAAUCUUUAAUAGCAUGCUUCAAAGUUGA